CCACUCUCUGAAACCACUCAAUCUUCAUCGGAGGGGUUUACGAGUGUUUGUUAGAUCAUCUAUUCAUCUUCUUGCUAUGAGUUUACUCGACCAACUCUGGGAUGACACAGUCGCCGGACCUCGGCCGGAUAAGGGCCUCGGAAAGCUGCGAAAACAGUCUACUUUUAGUUUCCGGUCAUCGGAUUCCGGCAAGGCAGAAUCGCCGCCGGUGACGAAUACGGCAGUAGAGGAUCCUGCGAUGAGAGUAACACGAAGUAUAAUGAUCGUAAAACCUGAAAGAACUCUGAGCGACACACCGCCGGCAUCUCCCGCCGGAUCUACAACUCCGGUAUCUCCUUUCCCUGGAGGCAGAUCAGAGGCAUUUAGGUUUCGUAGGAAGUCUGCAUCGGACGCUUUCGAGAAGGCAAGCGGGAUUGGAACCCGGAGCCCUCGUGCUCCUUACGACCUGUGAGAUCUGAUCCUCUACCGUCUGAUCUGACCUGUCAGACAGAUCUGUCUGACAGGUCAGAUCAACGGUCUCUUUAGCUACCAAGAGUGCAAUAUCGGUUUUAGCUAGGAGUUAUAAAUGUGUUCGGGUAUUUGGUCUUUUUGGUAUUUUUGAGAGAGAGAAUGUUUGUCUCUUUUGUGUUGUAUAUAUAGUUGUAAAUAUGUGUGGAAAGUUUUAGGUUUGUGUUACUUGGAACUUUUUUUAUGUGCUUGUUGUAGUGCUUUGUUUUAUAAGGAAAAUGCAUGUUUCGUUAAUUACAAAA